UCGGCCGUUCCGGGCCGGUCGGUGCCUCGGGCGGCGCGUGGAGCAACCGGGGGGAGGAUGGAGGCCUAGAAGUGAGGCAGCCGCCUGCAAUACCGGGAACCGCCGCCAGGGGGCGACACAGCCCACCGGCGCUACAACAUGGGCGGCAAUGGGAGCGGGGGGGCGGCCGAACCGGGACCGAACCGGGUCGGGGCCUGAACCGACCGGACCGACAUUAACGGCAUUAACGGCGGCAUUAACGGCGGCAUUAACGGCCGGGAAAGCCGAUGGGAGCGGAGCCGACAUGGGGCGGAAGGAACGAACCGGGUCUGGCUGGCGCGCGAUUGGGCUGUGGGCGGCGUGUUACCACGGGGGCCAGAGACAAGGAUGCGCUGCUGGAAGCCGCCAGGGUCAACAACAUUGGAGAAGUCAACAGGUUACUACAGGCCGGUAUCGAUGUGAACACGCGGCACCGGCUGGGCUGGACGGCGCUGAUGGUGGCGGCAAUUAGCAGGAACCCCAGCGUGGUGAAGGUCCUGCUGGCGGCCAACGCGGAUCCCAACCUCGGGGACGACUUCAGCAGCGUCUACGAGAUGGCCAAGGAGAAAGGCCUCCAUUCAUUGGAAGUCCUGGUGACCCGCGAGGACGAGUUCAACAACCGCCUCAAUGUCCGCGCCAGCUUCCGCGGCUGCACCGCGCUGCACUACGCCGUGCUGGCCGACGACUGCCUGAGCGUCAGGAUGCUGCUGGACGCAGGUGCCAACCCGCUGCAGAAGAACGAGAUGGGCCACACGCCGCUGGACUACGCCCGCGAGGGGGAGGUGAUGAACCUGCUGAAGGCCUCGGAGGCGAAGUUCCAGGAGGAGCAGCGGCGCCGGGAGAUCGAGGAGCGCCGCAGGUUCCCCCUGGAGCAGCGGCUGAAGGAGCACAUCAUCGGCCAGGAGAGCGCCAUAGCCACGGUGGGGGCAGCGAUUCGGAGGAAGGAGAACGGCUGGUACGACGAGGAGCACCCGCUGGUCUUCCUCUUCUUGGGAUCGUCGGGGAUAGGUAAAACGGAGCUGGCCAAGCAGACGGCCAAGUACCUCCACAAGGACGUGAAGAAGGGUUUCAUCAGACUGGACAUGUCAGAGUUCCAGGAGAGGCACGAGGUGGCCAAGUUCAUCGGGUCCCCCCCGGGCUACGUUGGCCACGAGGAGGGCGGGCAGCUGACCAAGAAGCUGCGGCAGUGCCCCAACGCCGUGGUGCUGUUUGACGAGGUGGACAAGGCGCACCCCGACGUGCUCACCAUCAUGCUGCAGCUCUUCGACGAGGGGAGGCUGACGGACGGCAAAGGGAAAACCAUCGACUGCAAGGACGCCAUCUUCAUCAUGACCUCCAACGUGGCCAGCGACGAGAUCGCGCAGCACGCGCUGCAGCUGCGGCAGGAGGCCGUGGAGAUGAGCAAGAAAAGGAUCGCGGAGAAUUUAGAGGACGUGCAGGUGUCUGACAAGAUCACCAUCUCCAAGCAGUUCAAGGAGAAAGUCAUCCGCCCCAUUUUAAAGGCUCACUUCAGACGGGACGAAUUCCUGGGCAGGAUCAACGAGAUCGUUUAUUUCCUCCCGUUCUGCCACUCGGAGCUGAUCCAGCUGGUCAACAAGGAGCUCAGCUUCUGGGCCAAGAAGGCCAAAGCGCGGCACAACAUCACGCUGCUUUGGGACCGGGAGGUGCUGGACGUGUUGGCCGAUGGCUACAACCUGCACUACGGCGCCAGGUCCAUCAAACACGAGGUGGAGCGUCGCGUGGUCAACCAGCUGGCGGCCGCCUACGAGCAGGACCUGCUGCCGCGGGGCUGCACCCUGCGCGUGGCCGUGGAGGACUCGGACAAGCAGCUGCUGAAGAGCAAAGAGAGCUCCGAGAUGGGAGAGGGGCAGAGCAAGAGCAAAGCGCCCACCCUGCGCCUGGAGAUCGUGGACAAGGACAGCAAGGCCCGCAAGCUGGACAUCCAGGCACCGCUCAGCCCAGAGAACAUGGCUUAUUUCCUAUAGGCACCGGCCCCAAUUACUUCCUAUAGGCACCAGCCCCAAUUACUUCCUAUAGGCACCAAUGGGACAGCAGGGCAGCAUCGAACCCAGCAUUGGGGACGUGGGGUGGCUCUGGAGCUUAUGGGGCUGUGGGGCUGUGGGAGAUAUGGGGCAGGUGAAGGGGGUUUGGGGUGGUUGUGGGGCAAUAAAGGUGGUGUGCACACACA